GCUCCCGCGGGGCUCCGCGGCCGGGCGCGCCAAGAUGGCGGAGGCGGUGGCGGAGCUGCUGGAGCGGGCGGCCCGGCGGGACACGCCGCUGGAGGAGCUGCGGGCCCUGCGGCUCGCCGUGCAGGCCGUGCCGGCUGCAGCCCUCCGCGCUCGCCUCAGCGACGACCACCUGGGAGCGCUCUUCGCCCUCCUGAGUGUCAAUGAUCGGGAGCAGGUGUCUGCGUGCGUUUCCAUCCUGGAGAGACUCCUGCAGGCCUUGGACCCGGUCUAUGUGAUCCAGAACCUCAGAGAAGAGCUUCAGAAAGGGCUUUUCCACCCCGACGACUCUGUGAAGAUCCUCACCAUAUCUCAGGUUGGGAGGAUUGUUGAAAGUUCAGAGGCCGUUGCAGAAAUUCUCAACAGUCCUGAACUGUUACGGCAGAUAAUAAAUUGCAUCGGUGGAGAGAAAAUAGCAGUGGCUAAAGAGGCCAUCAAGUCUCUCUCAAGAAUAGCACAGACACAAGAAGGUUUAGAAGCUUUGUUUGUGAGCAGCUUGCUGAGUGACUUGAAAAAUGUCAUGGCAACAAAUGACAUUGUUCGAUACAGAGUUUAUGAGUUAAUUGUUGAGAUUUCUUCGGUGUCAGCAGAGUCACUAAAUUACUGUGCAAACAGUGGAUUAAUAUCAGAGCUAAUUGGAGAGCUGACUGGAGAUGAUGUGCUGGUCAGAGCUACAUGUAUCGAGAUGGUCACCUCGCUGGCCCACACUCCACAUGGGCGUCAGUAUCUUGCUCAGCAAGGAGUUAUUGAUAAGAUUUCAAACAUCAUCGUGGGUGCAGAGUCUGAUCCUUUCUCAGGCUUCUAUUUACCAGGAUUUGUGAAGUUUUUUGGAAAUCUGGCUGUUGUAGACAGCCCACAGCAGAUCUGUGAACGAUACCCUGUCUUUGUGGAAAAAGUCUUUGACAUGGCAGAAAGUCAUGAUCCAACCAUGAUUGGAGUGGCUGUGGACACCCUUGGAAUCCUGGGAUCAAAUGUGGAAGGCAAACAGGUUUUACAGAAAACCAGAAGUAGAUUUCAGAAUCUGUUAACCAAAAUAGGGCACCAGGCAAAGAAUGCCCCCACGGAGUUACGACUGCGGUGCUUGGAUGCAAUUUCUUCUCUUCUCUACUUGCCUCCAGAGCAGCAGACAGAAGACCUUCUAAGAAUGACUGAAUCAUGGUUUACAUCCUUGUCUAGCCAGCCCUUGGAACUCUUCAGGAGCAUCAGUACUCAGCCAUUCCCUGACCUGCACUGUGGGGCUUUGCGGGUGUUUACAGCUAUUGCAAACCAACCCUGGGCCCAGAAGCUGAUGCUUGACAGUCCAGGCUUUGUGGAGUACAUUGUAGACAGAUCUGUGGAGCCUGACAAAGCUUCAAAGGAUGCCAAAUAUGAACUGGUGAAGGCCCUUGUGAACUCCAAAACCAUCGCGGAGGUCUUUGGCAAUCAGUAUUACUUGAGGCUCAGGGCUUACUUACGUGAGGGCCCUUAUUAUGUCAAGGCAGUUUCUACUACAGCUGUGGAAGGAGCAGAAUAACAUCACUGAUGUCUUGGUUCCCCAUGUUGCUGAAAUAUGUGUUAAGAUAAAAGGUGCAAAGACUCCCCGUGCUGGAGUCUCUUUAGAUUGUCUCUUCAGAUUGUCUCUUCAAAGGAUUAUGAAGCACUUUGACUCUAUUUGAAAUGAGUCAUGAAAGCAAAUCAAAACCUAUAGGGCACAGCAUAUUUUCCCACAGAAUGUCAUGGCAGAAGGUCUCUGUGCUGUUGUGAGGCAAGUCAGUGAGAUGAGCACCCUGUCAGCUGCUGACUGCCUUACUCUGCAGAACUAUCAGUGCUUAGAGAAACCGUUCUUGGCUUUGGAGUUCCUAUCUUGGUGGGAGUUUUUCAGCAGAUCACAAUUCAAUUAAAAACAAAACAAUCAGAACACUUUGAGGUUUGUAAUCUCAGUUGCUGCCAUAAUUUCUGUUUCUUAUUUCUUUUAUAUCUGCUGCAGUAGGCUCCCACCUGGAGCGUUUAGCCAGUGAUGUGUCAGAAACCCUGUCGGUAGGAAUAAGCUAGUGGCAGUCUGUCCACAGGAGGGAGCACGAACUGGAUUCUGUUUUAUUUUCAACUUGCUGGGUAUGAGUCUUGCUUGACUAUUUUAAGUAUUGUUUACACUUUAUGAUGAGGAUGAAAACACAAAAAAACUUUAAACCCUCUCAAAAAAAGCAAAUGAAUGCAGACUCUGGUGUUAUAGAACCUAACUGGGAGCUUGGGCUCCCUUGUUGACUGGGACUUUGUACGGCAGCUCAGUUGACUUGCUGGAAGGAGCAUGAGCUGCAGCACUACAAAUCUACUUCAGAACCAAAUCUCAAAUUGUUUACACUAUUUUUUAAUAAAUUUUGGGUUUUUAAAAAUGUUGUUAUUUAAAAAUAUUAUUUUAAGUUGCCUAUGUUAGAAUACAAGGGGUAGGAAUGUAAAGCUUUGAUAUUUAAGGGCAUGAACUGAAUUAGUGGAAUGGAAGCAGUACCUUACAAGGUUGUAAUCUUCUUUUGAAGAUCAGCUAGCUGCAGGUGAGAUGCAAGACUAGCUGGAUGCUAGUGUCUGUCUAUAAACACAGACCACAGUCUACCUUAUGGAAAAGGUUUACAUUUUUGAGGAUAUUAGGAGCAAAUCCAAGGAAUAGCUAGGAGUAGCAUAAUAAAAUAAUGAAGCUACUCCUGUGGUAGUGUCAGGUCAUGUGUACUCUAUGGAAAGUACUCAUCCUGUGUCCCCACUCUGCCAAGUGAGGUAGGAUCAUCUAGUCACACAGAAUUUCUUGCUUAUAGUAACUUUGAGCAGCAGCAGUGGUGAUGGUGUUGCCUGUCAAAAGCUGCUGGUGAGGAGUCAGGGCUCAGAGGAGCAGAGUAGUUGGGGAAGAUCCCUUAAUAUUCAGUAAGCUGUCUGAAUGCAGGUAAUCUGCCUUGUUGAUUGUGAUUUAGUGUGUACUAAAGUUGUCAUCAACAUACUCCUGCUGCUGCUUUCAUCCUCAGUGUGCAUAAUAAACAUCUGCUAGUGUGAAAUGCAGUACACUGUCUCAUUUGUGAACAGAGAGAACAGAAGCUUCAUGAGUCCCACCUCCAGGAAAAAGGACAAACAUGAAAGCACUAUAAAGGAAAUAGAAUACAGAAGUCCUUAGUUUGCUCUUGUAUUGGACAAUUGAGCUUUGUUAUUUGGGGUGGCUUUGUGCAUGGGUAGCUCUGUAUGAGCUGUAUCUUAAAAUCUCACAAUACAGAAACGUUUUUUGCAAUUCA